AGUACACCGUGUAGAAGGUGGAUUUAACACAGCACCAAACAUUGCAUAACCGUGAUAGCGAACUUGAACCUGGGGUUCCCUGCUCGAAGCAUUUGGGUAUCCGAGGGCUGUCAUGAAGAUGCUUUAUUUACCUUUGAUCCUCUUUACACUACUCUCAUUUCAACCACCCGGUUUAUUUGGGGGCAAAAUUCUGGUGUUCCCACUGGAUGGAAGCCAUUGGAUAAACAUGAAAGUGCUCAUAGAGGAACUGCAUGCCAACGGUCAUGAGAUCACUGUCAUUCGGCCAUCUGAUAGCUGGUACAUCAGUGAGAAAUCUCCACUCUAUACCUCUGUCACACUUCCCUACUCUAGUGGAUUUGAGGAAAACUUUGAAACAUAUUUGUUUCAACAGCUGGAAAUCCUGCUUCAGGGAAAACCUAAGUCUUCUUGGUCCCACAUCUGGACUCAAAUUCAGAUCCGGAAUGUGGUUGUAGAACAGUUCACUCAGUUUCACAAAGGGAUGAGAGAAACAAUCGUUCAGAUGUUUGAAGACAAAGAGCUGAUGCAGUCUUUACAUGCUGCUAAAUACGAUGUGCUUUUGACUGACCCUGGCAUCGGUUGCGGGGCCAUGCUGGCACGCCGACUUCAGCUUCCUCUGGUUUUCAAUGUAAGAUGGACCAUUCAAGGCGAGGCUCACUUCCUUAUUGCUCCCUCACCUCUGGCAUACAUUCCUUUUACUGGAACAGAGCUAACAGACAAGAUGACCUUCUCUGAGAGAAUAACAAAUAUGUUGAGUUACAUUAUUGGCAUGUACACAUUGUUUUACAUGGCAGAAACAAACUACAAACCGGUUGUUAUGAAGUACUUUGGGCCUGAUGUGGAUUACUCAACGUUUUUCCUGGAUGCUGAUAUAUGGCUUAUGAGAAAUGAUUUUGUCUUUGAAUUCCCACGUCCAACAUUGCCAAAUAUUGUCUACAUGGGUGGAUUUCAAUGUAAACCCUCAAAAGCGCUUCCUGAUGACCUGGAGACAUUUGUCCAGAGCUCUGGAGACCACGGAGUCAUUGUGAUGACCCUCGGGACUUUAGUUGCAAAGCUUCCUCAACAUGUUACUGAGGAAAUUGCUGCAGCCUUUGCCCGACUUCCUCAGAAGGUUAUAUGGAGGUAUAUAGGACAAAGGCCAACCAACCUGGGAAACAACACGUUACUAGUCAACUGGCUGCCACAAAAUGAUCUCUUAGGACAUCCCAAAACUAGAGUGUUCGUGACCCAUGGAGGCACCAAUGGAGUUCAGGAAGCAAUUUACCACGGGGUGCCUAUAGUUGGACUGCCCUUAUUCUUUGAUCAGCCCGAUAAUCUCUCCAGGAUCAAAGCAAAAGGAGGAGCUGUGAUUGUGGAUAUUGCUAUGCUCGGAAGAGAUAGCUUUGCAGAGGCACUGAUGACAGCUCUUUACAAUUCCACUUACAGGGAAAACAUGCAGAUGCUCUCCAGGCUGCACAGAGAUCAGCCCAUGAAACCUCUGGAUCAGGCAGUGUUUUGGAUAGAAUAUGUUAUAAGACAUAAAGGGACCCGUCAUCUGCAGACACAGUCGUACAAAAUGUCGUGGUUUGUGUACAAGUCUCUUGAUGUCAUUGCUUUUUUGUUGACCGUCGUUUUGCUUAUGAUGCUCAUUUGUGUGUCAUGUCUAAGGCUAGUGUGGAGAAUGAUCUUUUCUGGAAAAAAAGUUAAACCUGAAUGAUCAGAAAAACAAAAGCAAUCCAAUCUAAAAAUCUUCCUCUGCACCAGCCAUGUGCUAAUUACCUGAAAGCAUUUUACUUUGCCAUAUUUAUCUUGAGAACAUCAAGAGCAUAACCCUGAAUGUGAAGAAUCAUUAAAAAAAAAAAUCAACCAAACUACACAUGGAUCAACUCUAGAAGCGAAUCACUUUAAAGCUGGGCAAGCCCCACCUUGUUUUUCACCAAAUUGUUUUUUGAAAAGUGCUUUGUGAAUAAAGAUGAUUCUAGUAUUUUCUAUUUAA